GUCAUCGUCGGUAUGGUGCUUAGCAUGAAGAGAGCUCACAAGUUGCGACUCUGAUGCAGUCGGCCAUGUCGAAUUUUUGCGUCGUUCGACAUCGCAUAGGCCAUCUGAAGAGGUACAUUGCGUCGACACUCAUCCAAUGUUCGACUUCUCAGACAAGUGCAUAAUCUCGAGGCAACUGCACUAUACGACCUCGCAGGCUUACCACAUUGGAGUGUGCUAUGUCGAAGCGAUUGCACAAUCGACUUCAUUUGCAGACUUUGGGGAGUGCGCCACGUCGAUCGAGCUCCGGAGAUGGGAUCUCGCUCCAGUUCCGGUAAGUAUUUCAACGCCUUCUACAAGAUGUCUCGGGAAGCCGCUUCAGGCGAGAUUCCCGGCAUGUGAUACCAUGGAGAAGGGCGUAGAGGGUUUGUAGACGUUCAGAGAAUCGACGAUAGUAUUCUUCCCACAACAGGACGGGUCUUGUGGGAAGUGUUUCUGGUCAGGUAGCAUAGGUCGAGCACGAGGUGGCCUUCGACUUGAAGCUCAUGUCGGAAGCGCGCGACCACGCGCAUCAUGUCCCAUUCGGAUGAAGUUCCUGCUCAGCUAUAUCCCGACAUGUUCCUUGUUUACAAGCUGAACGACCUCGUCAGCAAAGACGCUGUGACCGAAGAACCUAAAGUUUAAGAGAGCAAUGAUGGGUAUGCAGUGCUUCUUCAUGACCAGCGGUAUCAUGCACGAGUCCGAAACAUAUACACGUCUCCGUGAUAGCUGUGUCGAACCUCCCAAGUAGCUCGACAAAUCUCAGGAUCUA